GCUGUUCCGAUGACAUAUGCGGGAGUGUGAGGGAGAGGUGGGGAGAGAGAGAGCAGCGAGGGAAACCAAAAAUAAUUGGCGGCAAUGGCAGAAGGAGAGGGAAAGUCUCCGGCGUCCUCCGGCGAAGCCCUAAUUUCUGGCGGGAGAUCCUCCGCGGAACUCAAGCCAUGGAUCGAGUACGCCGUCGAGCAAGCUGAAUCCUUUGGGCGAACCAUGCAAGAAACCGCCGAUUCCGCCGUCGUUUCUGCCCGAUCUCGCCUGCUGGAGCUGCACGCCAUCUCCUCCGAUCUCCUUAAUCGAUCAUCUGAGGUUUAUGCAUCUCUUAAAGCUGGCUUCGAUCUUUACGAAAAUGCCGCUUUUGGGUUACUGAAAGAUGGUUUGUUCGUUGCAGCUGACCACCCAUCUAUCACACUUGGUGUUGCAGCUGGUUCUUCAUUGCUUGCACUGAAAAGGCCCAGAAGGUUCUUACUUCGUCGUGCAUCACGCCUUUUUGUGAGUGAAGAGUCCAUGAUUUCUAAUGCGGAGGAAAAAGUAAAGCAGCUCAGGCAAUCAGUUGAACUUGUGAAGAAUGAAAGUAAAAAAUUGGAGGAGAGGGCUAAACUGGCAGAGGAGGAAAUGAAACGAGGCCAACUGAAGCUUAGACAAGCUGGACAUCAAAUUCAGGGAGUCAUUCGUUCUGUAGACAAGAUCGAACGACAAGUGAGAGGCCUAAAAGAUGUACUUGGAGAGCUUCCUCGAGUUGAGGCAUCUAGGUUUCGUUCACAAGUGUCUUCUAUUUCCUCCGAAGCUAAGCGAGAAAAAAAUGCUUUGGCAAAAGCAGUCACUAAAAUAUCAAAUUAUGGAAUUUCAGUUUGAGCAUAAGAGUCUCUAAGAUACGGGCCUCAGAUGAGGUGCCUCUCUGCCUGGAAGCAAAUAGGAAUAAUAUGUUGAGCUGAAUCAGCUGAACUAGUUGGAAGACCUUUAUGAGGUUGUUUUUUGUGGACAGAUGAGCUGUUGUUAUCACUGAAACUAGAUUGGCCAAUGCGAUCACUCUUGGAGUCAGAAUCUGGAAAGAAGCAAAAAGCCAUGAUGUAUUUUUCACAAUUAUUGGGCCUACCUAACCAUUUUUGUAGAGAAAUCAUACAUUACUUGUGCGUGGGACAAAAAAUGCAAACGGUUGGAUUGAUUGAAAUAAAUUGCUUCCCACAUUCUCAUGUA